GGUACGCGGAAAGACUACAAGCGGACCGGUUGCGGUUGUGGAGAAAGUUCUUCCGGUUUCUCUGCGUGCCAGCAGGCCGCCGAGAUGUUAGCCGUGCUGUCCGUGCUGUGUCUCUGUAGUCCGGUCCGCGGAGUCUUCCAGAAGCUUUACUGCAGCAUCUCAGACAGCUGCGACUGCGACUUCAAGCCGAACAUCAGAGACCUGGAGUGGGACCUCUAUAAGAAUGUGUACGGGCAACACCUGGCCCAGGACAUCGUGUCGGAGGAGGUGGCGAGGUUCCUUCAGAAUAAGAGCCCCGAGCGGCCCCUGGUGCUGUCCUUCCACGGCUCCUCGGGGACGGGGAAGACGCUGGUCGGCUCCAUGCUGGGAAACCACCUGUACGGCUCGGCCAUGAGCAGCCCGUACGUGCACACCUUCGUCCCCGCGCUGCACUUCCCCUCCCCCGACCGGGUCAAGCAGUACCGGGAGGAGCUGAAGAGGUGGGUUCUGGGUAACCUGACGGCGUGCGCUCGCUCCGUCUUCUUGUUCGAGGAGAUGGAGAAGAUGCCUCCGGGCGUCAUCGACAUAUUGGAGCCCUUCCUGGGUCCCUCGCACGUCGUGUUUCGCACCAACUACCGCAAGGCCAUCUACGUCUUCAUCGGCACCACAGGAGAGGAGGUGAUCAACAGGAAGGUUCUGGAGAGCCGGCUGGCCGGACGCGACCGCGAGGAGAUCCGGUCGGACGACUUCCAGGACGCCAUCGCACGGGCGGCGUACAACAGCUCAGCCAGCGGCUUCUUCCGCUCCGCCGUCAUCCGGCAGAAGCUGGUCGCUCGCUUCGUGCCCUUCCUGCCGCUGAACCGGCGCCACGUGGAGCGCUGCGCCCGCUCGCAGCUCUGCCAGCGCGGCUGCUGCGGCCGCGGCGACGUGGUGGAGGCGGUGGGCGGAGACAUGACCUACGCCCCCGUCCCGGGACACUACUUCUCCACCACCGGCUGCAAGGCCGUCCCCGCCAAAAUAAACCUCUUCCUGUGAGCCGAAGGGGGGGGGGGGGGGGGGGGGGGGGGGGGGACGCUCACCAGCUGCGCUCACCAGCUGCGCUCACCAGCUGCGCUCAGGGGGGGAAUUGAACUCGCAGCUUUGUGCCGUCACUGCAGAGGUUCCCUGAAAGCAUCGUGGGUGCGAACCAGGAGCCGCGUGUCGCUCCGCCUUCUCCUCCCUUUAAUUUAUGAACUCUGGAGUCGGUACGUUCAUAUUUCAGUAUUUAUUCAGUUAUUAUUGAUCUUUUUGCUCCGCGGCCACCCAUCAGUCACACUGGUCUUCUCCCAGUUCACCCACAGCUGGAGGUCCGCCGCCUCUUUUCUCAACAUGCACAUUCUUUUUAUUUUGAGAGUUCGACUACAAAGGGAUUGAAAUGUUAAAAAAAAAUGUUUUGUUGAUUUACGUCUGAAUGUGGGUGAAAACAAUGCUAAUGUUUUGUUUGUUAAAAUGUGUGUUUGAGCUGGUUAAUGAGGCAGGAAGUCACUCAACAACUAAGAAUCUAGAAGUGGGAUCUAAUCAGAUUUUUAAGCGCGAUGUUUUCAUCAUCAUCACAGAACUAAAUUGAAUGAAUAUCAUUUAAUUAAAUGAUAUCUGCAAACGCAUAUCCUGGAAUAAGAGCCUAAUUAUCGUUCAAAUAUCCUCUUCACUCCUCAGCACAACAACAUGUUGUACAUACUAAAACAUGCACAACGUCCACAAGUAUUCAUCUUCCAGGAGGCUGCUUUUUUAUUUUUAAAUGAAUUUGAGUUUUAGUGCACCGUCCUGCCACCAGGGGGCAGUAAAGCCUUUAAAGUAAAGUUCACCUUUUUGUUAUUCAGUUGAGCUCUGUAAAAGUAUUUUGUGUCUUUUUAAUGUAAAUUGUGUUGUAAAGAUGUUUCUUGUGUAAACACACGCAAAGUGCACUUUAACUCUGUGGGCGAGGAAAUGGACCUGCAGCCUCUGUGAAGGCGGACUGCGCCCAGAAGUCAGUGAACGCCACGCGGACACACUUUGAAUUCUGAGUUUGAAUUGUUGACGACUCGUGAAUAGACGAGACAAUAAAAAUCACAAUUAACUGAACUGGUGGUGCAGCAGCAGGUGGAUCAUCCAGGUGGAGCGUCCAGGUGGAGCAUCCAGGUGGAGCGUCCAGGUGGAGCGUCCAGGUGGAUCGUCCAGGUGGAGUGUCCAGGUGGAGCAUCCAGGUGGAGCGUCCAGGUGGAGCAUCCAGGUGGAUCAUCCAGGUGGAGCGUCCAGGUGGAGCGUCCAGGUGGAUCAUCCAGGUGGAGCGUCCAGGUGGAUCAUCCAGGUGGAGCGUCCAGGUGGAUCAUCCAGGUGGAGCGUCCAGGUGGAUCAUCCAGGUGGAGCGUCCAGGUGGAGCGUCCAGGUGUUACUGGUGACGCGGCCUUCCUUGUUUAAGCCACACCGACCGCCUUCAGACGUGUUUCUAUUGUUUGUGUCUUCCAUUGUUCUUUGAACCACUAAGUUUCAGGUCUCAGCCUCUGAAGCUGGAGCCUGAAGCCAAAAUACAACUUCUGUACGAAUAUAAUGAAGGAAAAUGAAAUGUAAACGAACAACAACACUGUUGUGUUCUCUUUGAGAGAAAAGAAAAAGUCCAUUAAAUUGACAUUUUUCCAGUGA